AUGUCGGCCACAACACCCUCUAUGCCGGCACCCACGUCCGGCUCUGUGUUUGCCAACGCCACCACGUAUAACAACGGAUCUUUAUCACCUCUCGCACUCCUCAAAUACCCCCUUCACGCAAUCCGCCAAGUCGAAGCUUUCACCUUCGCUACACUUCCGCAGAAUGUUGCACGUCUAGUCGGUCUCGAUACUUUACUAGAUAACGGAGCAGGAAGAGAAGGUGAUAACAUGGCAGCUGCGGUAGUAGCAGCCGCUACAACUGCUGGUGCGGAUCGUGCAGCUGAGGGACUUGCGGAUGGUUUUGUUGGCGAAAGUUCUUUCAAUUUUACGGAUAUUCUACAAGCAAUGAGGCGAUUUAGUGGAUUCUUCAGCUACAUGACGAGUCGAUGGUCUAUAGCCUGUUUCUCCGUUGCUCUUAUUCUCAAUCGUGUGACGAUAUAUGCGUCGACAAGACGCCACCUCAGCCUACCGUGGCAUAAGCGUCUGGCUCUCCGCAUCGUUCCCAUCAUUGUGUUCAUGGCGCAAAUAUUGAAUUUAUUACGCGCAAUGCGAUGUCAGACGUCGCCAGAUUACUCUAGCAUUCGUUAUGGCCACCCCGAGAAACAUUUCACGUUUGACCACGCUAGUGAAGGUGGAUUUAUACAUGCUCUAGGUUCGUCGCUGUUGGCGUGGGAGACAGAUCAGCAAUCUUGCAGCGCUGUCCAUAUGGACAAACAUGCGGGGAGCACCGAUAUCCCUUAUGGAUCCUUUACCUUGCUAUGGCCAGUUUUCAUGAGCCUCUGCCUAAGUCACUUUGUUGAAACACUUUCAUGUGCGCUACAAGGCCGCUCAACUGUGACGGAAGCGGGGAUGUCAAUAUUCGAACAUUCGCUUGCAUUUGCCGAAGCAGAAACCAUGAUAAGCCAGUCAAUAGGCCUGGGGAUGUUUGGGUUAUCAAAGUCUAGCUCGGUGAAGGACGAUCUAAAAUCCGCAGGAGAAGGUUCAUCUGCGCUGCACUUGUUAACUCGUACACAAGUUCUUGAAAGGAUGAAUGUAACUCCCGAAUUAUUGCUUAUAAUUCUGAUAUCAUGCUGCAACAGCUUAUUGUCUAAUGUUCUCGAUGUUGUUGGGAAACAGAGCAGAUAUCGCCUUGUGAAUACGACCAUUUGGGGACUAUGUUUCAUGGGAGCCAUGGCUUGGGGAUUCCUGGACAACAGGUCAUUUGAUUCUGAAACAGGAGUGCUUAAAUUUCCAACGGUUUGCAUCGUGGGUUUUGUUCCACACCUACUUAUUCUCAUCGGGAUUGCUGUCUGUCUUUGUAUAUAUGGGCUGGCCGUUCUCAUCACAGCAUUUGCGUUACCACCAGAUCUGCCACGGCCAUCAACUUUAUGGGAAAGGUUUUCCUGGGCGAACGAAAACAUGCAGGGCUCGAAUCAGAUUCGAAAUGUACGUCUCAACAUGCACGAAGACUUUUAUACCACACUUCUCCGUAUCGGGUAUGCUGCUUUGACUGCCGCAAGUGAGGCUGUCUUCCUAAACGAAGGACGUAGCGUGGUAGCCCGUCGGCGAACGUGGUUAGAGGAUGAACGACUGGCAGAAAUCGAAACAUCACGACGAAGAACCUCAGUCAGGUCAAGCGCCUGGGGGGGACCUCUGAACACUCCCCUGGACAAUCCAUCCACAUUUAAUUUCGACAUUUCUCACCCGAAAAACGAGAAUUGGGAAAGCGGAUACAAACAUGAACAGAAAAUUGAAAAAUUAGCAAGCCAUUCACGCCCUGCUCAGUCACAAACAAGUCUCGGUGGCGUUGGUGCAUUUCAAGGUGCAGCUCGGUGUUAUCAUGGAUUCGCUUUUUUCAGGGGUAUAUUUUACUUGAUUUCUAGAUGGCUUUUACUUGGAUUGAACAAAGUUUUGAACCGGCUGGGUAUUACGCUACGGCCUCAAUGGAUGCUCCGAUUCAUUGGAUCCAACAUGAAGGGAAAAAGGGCCAGAAUGAAGGAGGAGCCCGCAUCAUUAGACUUUUGGAUUCUCACAGACGACGGCGAAUUGGAGCUGCCCGAGGAUAAUGAAUUCGAUGUGGAGAAAGAGAUGCGGAAAAGAGAAGGCUUCAACCAGCCGAACUGGGGAGAGGUAGACGAAGCUCGACUGGAGAGUAAAUUGUACAACUGGUGGAGCGCGGGCGGAUCAUGGGGCAAUCAAGACGAGAGUGGCGACUAUGUUCCCUUAGAAACCGAUUUUGACGAUACCACCAGCGUCAUCUCCAUGCAGACCAAUGGUUCGGAGUGGGAGGAUUAUGAUGCUUCCGACGGCCGCCGCACCCCUACACAAUCAGACCCUUUCCCUGUUAUACGAUCGCGAGAAAGCACUCCUCUUCUCGAGACACUGCUAGAUACGUCGUCUCUCGCUCGUCUCCUCGACCCUCGGGAUCAAGAAAGCAAGAACGAAGCCCGCAUUUUAGCAGCACAUCUCGUCGCCGACAAAGAAGGACGCAUUAUGACCCGCAGCCGUCUACGAUCCCAAAUCGAAUCCGAGCGAGCACGUAUCUUACUGCCGGCACGCUACCAAUCCAGCAGUAGCUCCAGCAUCAACAGUGACAAACUCCGCCCCACGCCGGAAGAAGAGGCCGACAUUCUCGAGAAAUUGAUCAUCUCUCGUCGUCACGAGGCAGCUUCACAACGUAGUGCCGACGGACCAUCACAAACCUCCUGGCAGACUGGUGCCGCUGGCCUAGGGACUGAUGGACCGCAGUGCGUUAUUUGCCAAACAUCUCCCCGUUCGGUCAUUACGUGGCCCUGUCGAUGUCUCUGCGUGUGUGAAGACUGUAGGGUCAGUCUUGCGAUGAAUAAUUUUGGGAGUUGCGUGACAUGUCGUCAGGAAGUUAGUGGAUUUGUAAGGUUAUGGGUGCCGUAA